AACGAAAAAGAUAUUUAUUACUGUCAGUCGGAUAAGAGCUCCAUUUGGAGAAUCUGAAGAGCAGCGUCAAAAAUGGCGUCUCUGUCCUCCGUUCUCUCCUUCACCGCCGCCAAAUUCCGUUAUCCGCAGAAGAACUCUUCUAUGUCUUCUCCCUUGGGAACGAGCGUUCCUUCUUUCUCUAUACCUCUAAUGGCAUCCGGACAACAAAGAACAGCGACUCCGAAACGCUCCACUAAAGCCACGAAAACGCUUUCCACAACGCCAUCACCAACAACCCUAACUUCUACUCCUCCCGCCAUGGAUACAAGCAACGCCACUCCUCUUCCUCCCAAGAAGGUUCUGGUACCGAUAGGGUUUGGCACCGAAGAAAUGGAAGCUGUAAUCAUCGUCGACGUUCUUCGCCGAGCUGGCGCGGAGGUUACGGUGGCCUCGGUGGAGCCGCAGCUUGAGAUUGAAGCUUCAGGCGGUACUAAGUUGGUAGCCGAUACCUCCAUUGCGGCCUGUUCCAAUCAAAUUUUCGACCUUGUGGCUUUGCCAGGGGGAAUGCCUGGCUCAGUGAGGUUAAGAGAUUGUGAAAUUCUUCAGAAAAUUACAAGGAAACAGGCUGAGGAAAAGAGGUUGUAUGGAGCAAUAUGUGCUGCUCCAGCAGUGACACUUUUACCGUGGGGCCUUACAAGGAAAAAGCAGACAACUUGCCACCCUGCAUUCAUGGACAAGCUUCCGACCUUCUGGGCAGUAAAAUCAAAUAUACAAGUGUCUGGAGGGCUCACAACAAGUCGUGGUCCUGGAACUUCAUUUGAGUUUGCCCUAUGCCUAGUAGAGCAAUUAUAUGGGGAGUCUGUUGCCAGCGAAGUUGGAGAGUUAUUGAUGGUCUGCACUGCGGAAAAUGAAUCAAGAAAGGAAGAAUUUAACGCAGUUGAGUGGUCUGUUGACCACAGCCCUCGUGUUCUUAUUCCGAUUGCUAAUGGUUCUGAAGAGAUUGAAGUUGUAACUAUUGCUGAUAUUCUAAGACGAGCAAAGGUGGAUGUUGUAGUUGCUUCAGUUGAGAAAUCUGCGAAGAUUUUGGCAUCUCGAGGAACCAGAAUAAUUGCUGACAAGUUAAUACGCGAUGCUGCUGAGUCAAUAUAUGAUCUAAUCAUUCUUCCGGGAGGAAAUGCUGGGGCUGAGCGGCUUAACAAGUCGAGGAUUCUAAAGAAACUGCUCAAAGAACAGAAACUGGCUGGAAGAAUAUAUGGAGCAGUCCGUUCCUCACCAGAAGUCCUGCACAGACAGGGUUUAUUGAAGGAUAAGAAAGCCACUGCCCAUCCAUCCGUGGUGAGCACACUCACCGAUGAAAUAGUGAACGGCACCAAAGUCGUUAUCGAUGGUAAACUGAUAACGGGCAGGGGACUUGCUACAGUGACGGAGUUUGCAUUGGCUAUUAUAAGCAAACUUUUUGGUCAUGCAAGGGCAAGAAGUGUUGCAGAGGGCCUUGUCUACCAGUACCCCAGGAGUUAAAACUGAUAUGGUGCCGAGUCCUAUAAAUGGAUGACGAUUUUCCAUGUUUCCUACCCUAUAGCAAGUAGAUUCUGCACCAACUUGUAUCGGAAGGAGAAAGCCGUCAUACUGUUGGGAAAUCAAUUCAAAGGGAGUGCUAAAUGUGGAGGUGUUUUUUUCCAACGUUGAAAGGUUCAUUGAAACACGGUCUCUCCAAAAAAGGCAAGAGCUGUGUCCUGUGGAGCACUCUGUAAAUGCUGUUUUUUGGUACUGCAUGCUUCCUAGUUGAGUCACAGUUAAAACAUAAUCAGUAUUAUCGUUUCUUUGAUGCCUUUUCUCCACACAAGGACAAGCCAAAAAAAAAAAAAAAAGGGGGGUCUUCAUUGUCUUAUUUGUGGACAAGGUUAAAUUAUUAUGUCAAGAAGAAAUGAAUGUGCCGUGCAAAACAUUGUCAUAGUCAAUAGAUUGUUUUUCCCUUUUCCCUGCCAACAGAAAGGAAAAGUCCUUUUACUUUAGUCGAUGGAUUAUUCAAUA